AUGUCUGACUCGUCACGAACUAUCAACCACAAGUUGAAUGAAAUUUUGAGCAAGAACAAUAUCAAUAAACUGCACCUAGACGAAUCAACCGCUUUGAAUUAUGCCACAGUUCUCAAGUCAAACAUUUUGGGCAAGGACAAGCAAGAGAAGGUCAACUCAAUAGUUGUGUUGGCCAAGCUUUUGGAUUGCAUUAUUGGUAGUGAUGCAGUGUCUGACGAAUUUGUCAAUGUGUUGGAUCACCAACUAUUCCGCAGCUUAUUUUCAAUCAUUAGUGUCAAUAUGUCAUCGGAAACGUACAAGGCUAUCUUGAAGGUUGCUGCCGUCCACAUCUCGGGCGCGAUUUUUAGGUCCAAGGACACUUCAAUUGUGAUGUUCUUGCCAUUGUACGAAACAUUGAUUGAGUAUUUGGAUGUGAUUGAUAUUAUGACCACCAAGUUACUACUCCAAGACAACAAGAUCAUAUUGAACUCGAUAAAAUUGGUCACCGAUCUCAUCAACAGGGCCUUGAGGUACAAUUACGCCGGUAUCAUCACUUUAUCCGGUAGAUUGAAGCAUGUCAUGUUUUUCUGCACCAUUGACAGUUUAGUUGAGUUGACAGAAGACAAGCUCACCUUGGAGGCAAUUGAGAAGCUAAAGGUUGCCUACUACAACUUGAACGUUCACCUCAGUAAGAUCCAUUUUGAUUUAUCAAUUCCUGCACACCAAAUCAUGUUGAACAAUUUGUUUAUUUUUUUGGAGGUCUCACUUAACGAAUAUGGUUCACCUGCAACCACUUCCGAGUAUGUCAAGGCAGGCUUUACCGAAAAUCCACGUGAAUUUAUUGUCCAGAACUUCUCAAUCUUGCUUGCCAUGGACUUGAAAAUAUUUUUAAAGGAUCCAAAUUUCACAUUUAAAAAGAGGUUCCACGAGGAGUUGAUGAUGAGCGAGCACUCAAGGACGUUUCCGUUGUCCUUGUUCAUUGCAAAGACGUCAAAGAUGUGGAUUGAUAUUUUCGAGCAAAGACAAAAAUACCCCAACAUUGUCAACUCGAUUUUGAACUGGGAACUAAUGAUUUACUACACCAUGAAUAAUUGUCUCAUUCUUUGGCAGGAGACAAAAUCACAAAACAACCAAGUUGACAUUGACAAGAUUUUGCAACUAUUGGAAUCCUACAUUGACUCUUUUGAAGAGCAAUUGGGUGGCACAAAGACCAUUGAGGAAUGUCUUGACAUCACUUCCACAAGAUCUGGAGACGACAUGAGACACAACCAAGCUUUGAAGAUCAGCAAAGAAUUUACUGACAAGUGGAACCCACGACUUGUUGAAUUCAAUCAGCAACUUUCCAAAGAGGUGGCGCAAUUGGUGUCUGAACAAAGAGUGGUGCAGUUAUUGAAAGGAUCUUGGGUGUUUACAGAAUCGUUUGGAGAAGCGCUCUUCAGUUCUAGAAAGAACCCUUUGUCGUCGAAAUACUACUACAUUGUGUUGUCGCCCAAUAGGAAAUGGAUAUACUUUAAAGACUACAGUGAAAAGCCGAGCACCAAACCAAGCAUUGAGGAGUUGGAACAGAGUGGUGGUAUCAGAUUGAGUGAUGUGCAUGACUUGAAAUCGAUCAAAAUUGGUGAAUCGAUUGGGGAGAAGGAAAAGCAAAACAACUCCAUGUUGAUUUCGAUCAAAGGUACCAUUUCGUAUGAAAAGAUUACAAUACUAGGGGCAAACAAAACCAAGUUGCUUUCAUUUUACACUGACUCCGAAGUGAAUCGAUUUGUCUGGUUGGAUGGGUUGAAAAUGUUGAAGGGAAUAAAGUCGUUGUCGGAGGAGACUCAAAAGCAAAUUGCCUCUUUGAUUGAGAUUAGAAGGAACACGCAGUCGUUGUCGUUGGAGGGAGCAGCCGUGGAAAGUGACGACGAUGAUGAAGAGUUUUACGACUAUGACGAGUUAAGCGCUCUCGCUGCGAUCAUCAAAGCAAUGCAGCUUUCGGACUUACCAGCUGAAUUGGUUUUGCAAGCACUCCCAGUGAGGGAGUGUCUCCUAAAUUGGCCGAGCGAUAUAGUGAUUAUGUGUUUGGAUUUGUUGUCACAGGUUGAGCUGUUUGAAUUAAUGGCAGAGGUGGCUUAUGGAAGCAACGCGUACAAAGAUGCUAGAAGAGGGGAUAGCGAAGUCCCCUGGGCUGAGGUACGAUGCAAUGUUGCUAUCUUUGCACGGAGGUUUGCGAACAAAAUUUAUAUCACCAUUGGAAACCGCCUUCCAUCAAGAUUGUACAAAAAGUACAUCAUUUUCGACCUUGAGGUUGUGAAGGAUUUGGCUGCCCAAUAUUAUUUCCUUACGGCAGUAUUGCAAAUCUGGACGGGUGAUGAAUAUCUGCAUCAAUAUGUGAUGUUGCCAUACUUUUCGUUCAAGGAUCCGUAUCCUUACCUGACAUUGCGUGUUAUCUCCACGCCAGAUCCAGAACCCAUGCUCAAUUGUGGACUAUUCAACAUAGUUACAGUCAAUGCUUUCCAAGUGCUACGAGAUCUGUCGAUUUGGAUGUGGAGUGACAAAUUGUGGUCUAUUCACACUGUUGAGGUUUGCAUGUCAGUGGAGAAAUACAAGGAAAUUUUUGAUUUUACAACAAAGACACGUAAUUUGUCAUUGGUGGGGAAGCCAGCGCCCAUUGAUUUGAGAGUUUACAUAACAGGGCAAACAAUGUCUUCAGGCUUGAGUACUGUUUCAGCUUUCUACAUAUUUGCAGCGUUCAAGCUUGUUAGAGUAAGAAAUUUUUCACUACAAUGUAGUGUAAAUAACGCAGAAUUGACAUAUCUUGAUUUUGUUUUAAACCAAAUGCCACUGCUCACAUAUCUUAAUGUCAGUUUUGGGAAUUUGGACUUUGCUUGGAUUCCAAGGGUGAUCGGUUGGCGAGAGUGUUGUGUGCAAGUGACAAUUGACAGGGCCUUCUACGAAUCGAGACAAGAUCAGUGUGAUCGAAAAUUGUGGGAUACAUAUGUUUUUGAUAACGUGGUUAUUUUAAU